UUGACGGAAUCGUAUGCCCACGUGUCAACAUCUUAUACCUCCUUGGACUUGUGAUUGGACGGCCAAUGAUCAGUCCUUCCCCAUCAUUAAAAUCAAACAUAACACCGUCUCUAUCUUUCUAAUUCCUUCCUUCCUAUUGCCUUGUUUCUUUCAACGCCAUGCCAUACCUUCUUUGAGUUCUGAUGCUUCCGUAUUCUCCGAUCAACCUCUUCCAACUUCCACCUUAACUCUUCUUCAAUGGGACACUACUGUAGUAAAGGUGUUUCUGAUGUCUCUAACCACCCUUCGAAUUCCGGCAUACCUCAACAUACUACGCCCAGUCCAUUUUCCAGCCCUCUCCCUCCUGGUAUACCACCCUCUCCGGCCACUACUCCGGGGAGGAAAUUCCGAUGGCCUCUCCCUCCUCCUUCUCCAGCCAAACCCAUCAUGGCCAUUCUACGCCGGAAAUCCCGCAAGCCUUCUAUACCAGAGGAUGGCAAAAGUGGGGGGGAAGAAUUGGGAGAGGUUCAGUUGGAUAAAAGCUUCGGUUACUCCAACAACUUUGCAGCAAAGUUCGAGCUCGGGAUGGAGGUUGGGAGGGGACAUUUUGGACACACUUUUUGGGCCAAGGGGAAGAAGGGGGAUCUCAAAGGAAUCCCUGUCGCCGUCAAAAUCAUCUCUAAAUCUAAGAUGACAUCAGCUGUUGGAAUUGAAGAUGUUCGCAGGGAGGUUAAGAUAUUGAAAGCAUUGUCUGGCCACGAUAAUCUGGUUCACUUCCAUGAUGCAUUUGAAGAUGCCAAUAACAUUUACAUGGUUAUGGAAUUGUGUGAAGGUGGAGAACUGCUAGAAAGAAUAGCGUCAAGAGGAGGAAAAUACCCAGAACAAGAAUCCAAGGCUAUUAUUGUGCAGAUCCUCAGUGUUGUUGCCUUCUGUCAUCUACAAGGGGUAGUUCACCGUGACUUAAAGCCAGAGAAUUUUCUCUUUUUGAAAAAGAACGAGAACACCGGUCUGAAAGUCAUUGAUUUUGGUCUAUCUGAUUUCGUCAAGCCAGAUGAACGUCUGAACGAUGUCGUUGGCAGUGCAUACUAUGUUGCACCGGAAGUUCUUUACAGAUCUUAUAGUUUUGAAGCAGAUAUCUGGAGCAUUGGUGUCGUAGCAUACAUACUACUGUGUGGAGGCAGACCUUUCUGGGCAAGAACUGAAUCAGGAAUCUUUCGUUCCGUGCUAAGAGCCGAUCCUAACUUCGAUGAUUCCCCUUGGCCUAACAUCUCUGCAGAAGCUAAAGAUUUCGUGAAACGGCUUCUGAAUAAAGACCACAGAAAAAGAAUGACGGCAGCACAAGCUUUAACCCACCAGUGGUUACGAGAUGAAAACAUUGCUGUGCCUUUGGAUAACUUCAUAUACAAGUCAGUUAAAGCAUAUAUCCGUGCAACUCCUUUCAAGCGUGCAGCAUUGAAGGCACUUGCAAAAGCUUUGACAGAAGAUGAACUUUUCUACCUCAGGACCCAAUUUAAGCUCUUAGAACCGCAAAAUAGAUUUGUGACCCUUGAUAACUUCAAAGCGGCUCUUGCGAGAAACGCAACUGAUGCAAUGAGAGAGUCCCAUGUUGCUGACAUUCUAAAAAUGAUGGAACCACUCGCUCGUGAGAGAAUGGACUUCGAGGAGUUCUGCGCAGCUGCAAUCAGUGUACAUCAACUGGAGGCUGUUGCAGGAUGGGAAAGCAUUGCCACUCGAGCUUUCGAGUAUUUUGAGCAGGAAGGAAAUCGAGUCAUUUCAGUUCAUGAGUUAGUGCAGGAAAUGAAUCUGGGUCCUGCAGCUUAUUCUUUUCUACAGAAUUGGACAAGAAGCUCUGAUGGGAAACUCAGUUUUUUCGGAUUUACAAGAUUUUUGCAUGGAGUAACAGUCCGCAACUCUAAUACAAGACACUAAAAAUACUUCAAAACUGAUUUUUUUCCCUCCCUUUGUAUCCUCGAUUUGAUUUAAAGCAGCUUCAAAACACAUAAUAAAAGAAGGCUAUGCGAUUACUAGAUAUACACAGAAAGACAAAUGGGUGUAAUACAUGCCCAUCGUUCAACCCGUUUAUUGUGAUCUUCCAACGUGUAAAAACAAUAUAGAAAGUAUAAUACAGAUUGUACUGACA